CUGCCGGUAAGAUCUAAGGUACACGACUGCCUCGCACGGCUUCGGCCGACAAUUGAUGCUUUGUAGUGUUUGUUCCUCUCCCAACGGUUUCAUCCAUCAACUGCUCGGAUAUUUUGAUUUAAUCCAUGAGGUGACCCGAACUGUAUCCCACUCUCCGGUCUCAUCAAGAUGAAUCACGGUGUAGCCCAGGAGCUGAGUGCCCAGAAACCACCCGGGAUACACAGCGUUGGCAACGAUUUAUGUGGCUCGGCAACCGCGCAGGACAAAGAGCUAUGGAACGGUUUUUGCGAAAUUGAAUCGGAGCCAGCUCUAUUCAAUGUGAUGCUUCGGGAAUUUGGCGUUAAAGGAGUGAAGGUCCAAGAGGUUGUGUCCUUGGAUGAGGAUAUGAUGGCCGGCCUAAGCAAGCCUGUUUACGGGUUGAUAUUCUUGUUUCGGUGGCGCGAGGAUGACCCCAACAAACAGGAAGCAAGCUGCCCCGAAGGGCUUUGGUUUGCGAAUCAGACAGCAAGUAAUGCUUGUGCGAGUGUGGCCCUCCUGAACAUCGUCAACAACAUAGAAGGGAUUGAGCUUGGUGACAACCUGCAGCAUUUCAAAGAGUUUACAAUGCCCUUUACGCCUGCACUGAGGGGCGAUGCAAUUAACAACUUCGAGUUCAUCAAACAAAUACACAACUCAUUUGCGCGGAAAAUGGAUAUUCUCAAUUCGGACCUUCUACUCAAAUCCGAAGCGACGUCCAAACGAUCGCGCUCAACUCGACAUGCUCAGGAUGAAGCCGAGACAGACGCAGGAUUCCACUUCAUUGCAUUUGUACCCGCCUUAGGGACGGUUUGGAAGUUCGAUGGCCUCGAACGCCAACCCCAGGCGCUUGGGCAUUACACAGCGUACAAUGACUGGCUAGAUCUGGUCAAGCCCAACAUUCGCACCAGGAUGGAAGAAUACGAAGAGGGCCAGAUUGAGUUUUCAAUCCUGAGUCUUGCUAAGGAUCCGCUUCUUGACCUUGUGGACCGAUUAGCCCUCAAUGUGAGACAGUUGGAAUCAGUUAACCGGGGCCUGGUCUCUUCCGAGCAGGGAGGGUCGCAUUUAGAAUCCGCGUCGGCAAACUGUCUUCAACAAACCGUUCUGGGGCCCGACGAGACGUUUGGUCUUCCCAGGGAGCGCAUCGACCAAGCCAAGAUGCCCUCGGAGCUAGAGGACGAGUACGACACCUGCUCCUUCCAGGACCUGGCUGAGCAUCAGCGGCAACUGGUGGCCGAACAGCAGUUGCUCCGAACUGCGAUCCGGGAAGAGCAGCAGUCCCUCCAGGCAGAGGACGACCAUGUGGCGGGGAGAAGAUAUGACUACGGGCCCGCAGUCAGGGCGUGGACGCGCUCUUUGGCCCGGAAAAGGGUCAUUGAGAACUUGGCCUGACAAGGUCUUUACCGUGGCGGCGACGAUCUUUGUAUGCGCCUGACAACGCUGUACUGGUUAUAAUUGAAGGGCUAGGCUUCCGCCGAUAAGUGACCCAACAAGACAAAUCAAC